GAUUGCAUACAUUCCAAAGGCCAUAUUACACGGGCGCGUUUUCCGCAAGUGACAGGAAAAAGUGCGAUUGAAUCAGUUGAUUUGUGUGGUGGCAGCACAGCACAUUGUCGUUUACCACCCUCAUAGAACCUGAGGUUGUGGCACCCAUGGUAUUCUGAGAAAUACUUCACCUAACUUAGCAAAUCCCGACGAAAAUUAGAAUAACAAGUAAUCACCACAGGGCAGAACUGACGUGGGUCGUACGUCAACGUGUGACAGUGGGACGUGCGACUGUGGCACCACACUCAAUUUCCUAACGAGGCCAAGAGAAGACAAGACUCGCUUCACAUCCAUCAAAUACACGAGGUCAAGACUGUGACCAUACAGUUAAGCAGGAUGGCAGACGAGUCCCUGGCAGCAGCAGGUCUGUACAUUGAUGAGUUGAACAAGAUCCGUGUGUUGGAGCCAGAGGUGGCACAGCAGACUGCUGAACUCAAGGAUGAGUGUAAAGAGUUUGUAGACAAAAUUAGGGAAUUUCAUGAACGGGCAGACCACUUCAUUCAAGUUGCUGACACAAUGAGUGAAGCUGUUGAAUCAGAGAAAAUGAGAGCAAUUGGUGCCAGAAACUUAAUCAAAAGCAUGAGCAAGCAGCGAGAGGCCAAGGAACAGCAGCUUCUGGCACUGAUAGGAGAGAAAAAACUGGAGCUAGAGCGUCUGCGUGUGCAAUAUGAGUCACUCCGUCGCACAGAAGCUGAUCAACUAGAAUUCAUAGAGCAGUUUGUUUUAAGAAAAUAAAUUAUGUGUUUGUAAGACUUGGGUGUUGUUACAGAUACGUACUAUGUACAUAUAGCUUACAUCAUCUCAUCUCCACAUCUUUUAUCCAGAUUGGAUAUAAAUUCAUGAAUAUUUUUUUGCUUAGAUCACUUCUGUGUUUAGAUUGUUUAUUUAUGUUUAUAUAUGAAAAAAAAAAACAUUUUUAUGGUGUGUUGUUGUAGCUGUUUUGGUUGGUUUUGCUAAUUGUACAUGUCUCUUCAGGACUGCAUAAACUGCUGCCUAUGAAAGUCCAGUCUUCUCCUGUGGCCUCGCUGCACAAGGCUUUCUUCUUUCUCUCAUCCCUAUUCUGUCCAAGGGUCUAAUACAAGAGUUAACCAAUAUUAUCAACUCUGGAACUUCCUACCUGCUUCUGUACUUCCAUCUUCCUACAACUUAACUUCUUUUAAGAGAGAGGUGUCAAGACAUGUCCCAGGCUUCUGACCAAUUUUUUUUUUUAUCUUUUAUGAAGACUGCAAUUCCAGUGGGCCUUUGUUUAUUUUUUAUUAUUUUUUUGUGCCCUUGGCAGUUUUCCAUCUUACAUAAAAAAAAAAAAAAGUCUUCACUGACAACUGAUUAUGGACACUUCUUCACAGAGCUCACUACAGGAGUCUUCAUUUGCACUUCAUGGCUCUCUCUCUCAUUCUCUCUUGUUCAAUAGUCUGGUUUUAGUUCUUGUUCAUCCAUUUACUCUGCUGCUAUUAGAAUUAAUCAAGUAAAACUAAAGUGCUGUCCAAUAAAGAAAAUACACUACAUAUACUCAUACAUAGACACCAACUUAAUUUAUGAUUGUAUCCAUAUAUAUAUAUAUAUAUAUAUAUAUAUAUAUAUAUAUAUAUAUAUAUAUAUAUAUAUAUAUAUAUAUAUAUAUAUAUAUAUAUAUAUAUAUAUAUAUAUAUAUAUAUAUAUAUAUAUAUAUAUAUAUAUAUAUUUUGUUUUGUUUUACAUGAUGGUGUGAGAAAUUAAAAUUUGUCCGUUAUGUCAAGUUUUAUUUUGUGCCAGGAUUAAAACUUACAUAUGCUGUGACAUAAAUAAAGACUAAACAAAACUUGGUGCAUAAGUCCCUUUCAGGUGUGACUUGAUUAGUUAUGGCUGACAAGUCAUGUUGAGCAGAUUUAUGAAAUUGAAUUACUCCUCAUAAGACAAGACAGAUUCAACCUACAUACAGAAUUUGUGAUCAAGUGGCAUUCUGCAUGAAAAAUGCUCUGUUCCUGCAAAUACAAAUGUGUGCAACCAAAUUGAAGCUUCAAGGACAUUCCAACUUAACUUUAUCUUAUUGACUUAUAUUCAUAAUGCAUGUGUACAUACAAGUCAGUAAAAUUAAAAGGUAAUUUCUCUGAAUUUUUCAUGCAGAGAUCAUGAUGUAAAUCUCAAACUCGUUACAACCAUCGUAUGGUAAUUGGUAACAAAGCUGGCAGUCUUUGUAAACUUAUGGGAUAAUUAAAUCAGGUUUCUGAUACAUUCAAGCUAAUGUUUGCCAACUCAUAAUUAGAAUCUGUUGCUAAUGUUUGCCAACUCAUAAUUAGAAUCUGUUUUAGGCUAUUAACAAAACGAUUACAUGAUGACAUGGUGCACUCCAAUAUGCAAUGAAUACACACUCAAAACUUACUUUUUUUUUAUUUAAUCAAAAUAUUAAUUGUACCCAAAUAACUAUUGGGAAACACUGCCACACAAGAAAAAACUAAAUUUGCACCAAAAGGGACAAGAGGUGUGGAACUCAAAAAAUCUUAAGUUGAAGUGGCACAAAAUUGAUCAAAUCUGUAGCCAUGUUCUGAAAUAAUUAGGGAUUUUAAUUCAAUCUGUGUUGCUCAUUUUGUAUAAUUGGAACCAAUUAAUCUUAUCUGAGAGAUCUUAAAUGUACUAUAUUUUGAAUUAUAAACGUGAAUUUGUCAUUAAUUCCAAUAAAAUGCUUACUAAUCCAUCAAUAGAUAAAUGUCUGAGUGAGCCUCUAUCAAGCAGGUGCCACUUGUCAACAGUGAGGUUUCUAGCUAUAAAUUACAUGGAUGUUUUUCUUACAAAGUUGAAGCCUUAGUCUACAAAAUAUGAAAAACACAUCAGCACACUGAGAUCACUUAACAUUAACACACAUGACCCCUAAUGCUGACAACACUGAAGCUAAACUGAAGCCGAGUUUUGAAGCCAAGUCUCCCUACCACAGAGGUAUGCUGGAAAAGCUCUGUUUCCUCUGAUGGCAUGGAUGCCAGGCUUCAUCUCCUUGUCAGUCAGUGCUCCUUGUUACCUCACUGAGGAGAGACACUACACAAUUUCUCAACUUGACUUGCUAACUAGACAUCUGCUUCAAUUACAAAUGCCAAGAUAUCCCAGCACCAAGAGAGAGAGGGUGACAUCCUCAGCGUGGCAUCUUCCAUAUGUCUAUAGCUAAGCAAAGCUAAUUUUUUUCACAAACUUACAAAAGUCACUUAUUAUUAAAUGGAUGAGCACCAGUGCAGGAAAUGAUCACAUGAGAGGCUGCUAGCUGCGAAUGCCUCCCAUGCAGUAAGCAGGGAGGCACUCACACCUAGCUCAAACAUCCUGCAAUGGCACUGGUAAAAAUGGCUUACCUAACUUCACCUUGUACCUAUCUAAGCCCUUGUUCACAACACAACUUGGAUCAUAUUUUGACUAGGAGAAUUCAUAUCCAAAGAUCCAAGUUUACAGACAACAUCCACAUUCAUCCAGAAAACUUGGCCAAUCCACUGAAUUUUACAAGCAUGCAUGGCAAACUGCAGAACAAAAUUUAUACAAUUAACAGGCAACCCUAACAUACACAUGCCUUUCAAUUUUCCCUUUGCAGUUCUUUUUUUAGUAAACUUGGUCAUUUAUGGAUGGCACAUGCACAAAAUGAGUAAAAGUAAGGGUUUCCUUACCACUUGUGUCAUGAUUCAGGGUCUUACAAAAUUACUCCUAUACAAAACAUAAAACUGACCUAAAAAUGCUUCAUCUAUCACUUUCAAUAAAAUACAUGUCCCUCAAAGUAUUUUGAUAAAAACUGCAUUUUAAUAACAAAUAGUGUGAGAGAGAUGAACAGUAAACUCCCAAUUGCCAGUUUAUUUAUAUAAUAGAUAACUUUCACCAAAUAUUCAUGGUGAUAAGCUAUGGACAAAACAAUUAACCUUUUACGACACUUUUUGUUGCAAAUUAUUUUGUACUCUGAAGAUAUAGUUAAGAUGUAUAUCAUGUACGGUGAGCAUCACACAAACAUGAUUGUCAACAGACUGCUGAUGUUGAACACAUUAUGAGGAGUGAACAUUUCAGUACACAAACACUUUCUUAGCAAUGAAAAAAAGCUACUUUCAUUUAAGACAUUAAACUCAAUCUGUUCAGUGUAAAACUUCAUAAUUUAACGAAUAAAGCUGUGUACUACUUACUUCAAUAAUCUAAAACUGAUUUACACAUAUGUCACUAUCAAUAAACAAGUUUUGUAUGCUCAAUAUUAACCAUAUUCCACCAUUGUAGUAGUGCGUCUUAAAACAACAAUUAGCAGGUUGCUGAGGCAAUUAAAAGUUAGUGAAUGAGCAGCAAGUAGAACCAUGCAAGCAAUACCAAGGUGGUGCCAUGACUUACACAGAAGGCACUGAGGAGCACCAAGGUGAUCAAGUCUAUGAAGGUCAUGCACAGCUUUCAUGAUGGCAGUUUUUCCACCAGCUGUUGACUGCUUACAUGUAGGCAACCAGCUGCUGAUUGUGUACAUGUAAGCAACCAGCUGUUGAAUAUUUAGAGGUAGGCAAUCAGCUGCUAAAUGUCUCAUUCCCUUGCUUGUUAUAAAGGUAUUCCAAUAUCAUCAAUAUUUACACCUUCUUAUGACCCAUAUAUCUGAUAACCUGGAUGAAUGCUCUUUCCUUCUAUCAUAAUGCACAAUAGAUAAAUAAAAUUUAUAAAUCAAUUAAAUGUCUGGAAUGCUUGGGCUAAUUUCUCAUUGCUUCCUCAAAAUCUGGUGAUUUUGGGCAACACUCACAGCUAAAUGGUUCUUGAAGAGAUCUGGCUGAUCCUUAUUAAGCAGCACUUCAUGUGCUUAUAUUAUUAUAUACCAUGACACUGAAUACCUUUGUAAAAACAAACACCUCUAUCAGCCUUCUUAUCACAAAUGGAGAAUGUGAACAAAACUUCUCUUCAUCGUCCACAUUUAUCAGCAGACACAAUGAAGAAAAUAUUAUUAUAGUUUUUCUUUUUCAAUUUGAAAGUUACACAGAGAGCAGAGAUCUGUCAUAGUCAUAUCAUUGCAAGCAGUGUGCAAUGCACAGCACUGCCAGCACAGAUGCUGAACAUUGCCCUAAUAAACAUGGGCAGGUUUAGACAAUUCUUUUUAUAUCCUCAUUUCUGAGCUGAAAACAGGAAUUGAUAUUAUCUUUUAACACAUUUGAAGGCUCAAAGGUUCACACUGGCCAACCUAUUUCAGUGGCACUGGCACUGUUCUGGCAUCUUAAACUUUACCUUCAGCAACUGUCACUUGUAUGGUAACGUUGUUGUGGUUGUAAACUAUCUCCUUUGUUUCAGUGUGAGAUAACACUUUGAUAUUCUUCUAUUGCACAUCAGCUUAUUAUGAUGAGAAUACACAAUCAAGUAUUUCCCAGAUUCUUAUAACAAAUACAUUCUGAAAACUGAGAGUUUACUGUUUUUUCCUUAAAAAGUCAGUCAUCAUAAGCAUAUUUUGAGGUAGCAUGAAGCUAUAAAGAAAUAAAGUUGACAUGAUAAUUAAAGAAAAAGGGCUGCUGAGCAAAACAUUCUUUAGUAUACCUGUAAGACACAAGAAUCAUUGCAAUCCUAUGUUCUGCUUUUAGUAGAUGCCACCCAAAUUGCUACAUGCAUAAAAAAAUAAUAAUGAAAAAAACAAACAAACAAACAAACAAACAAUAAUAAUAAUAAUAAAAAAAGUGCAUAGCAAGUAAAAAACACUUUCAGUUAAGUGAGUAGUGCAAUGGGGAUAAUGAGUGAAUAGAGACUUUUUCAGCUGCACCCAAUGUCAAGGUUGGGACAGACAACUUAAGAAUCCAGUCCAACAUACUACAUGCAUACACAUUUCCCUUAAUCAAACAACAAAACAGUAGUAGUAGUGAAGAAAACAAAGUAGGUAUGAAUACUUAAGUGAUACUCAGGUAAAACUACUUCCUGGUCAACAUAUGGUGCCAUAAAUCUCAUUAGUACUUAAAACAACAACCACUGAAUACCAUCUCCCUGCAUGUUGUAAUGAUUCAUACACUCACUUACAUAAUCAGCUUGUAAGAUACAGACUAAAGCAGAGGUAGAUGACCACUAGAUCCAUGACAACACAGACCUCAAGGGUGGAGCACAGGUGGAGGAUGAGAGGAUGCAGCAAGGAGAGUGGAGUUCAGUACCCAAGUGUUAGCUGCAGCUUAGGACACCACAUGUUUCCAAUGCUAAAUAUGAAUAACUCCAGGUAUAUGCAGUACAAGGUGUCCCGUGCCAGAGGGUGCAUCACAGCCUAGAGUCUCAAAGGUCAAAGCUCCUUUUCUUGAUGACUUUGUCUGUGAGCUCCCUCAAACAUGGGCCACCUCAAUUAUAAUCUAAACCAUGGCAGUUUUUGUUGCUUACUAUGAAACAACUUAAAAUUUAGGCUGUAUAUAUUAACUUAAUAUUUAUGGUUAGCUUGUGAUACUUAAUUAAACUGAUUUUAAUUUAACAAUAAACAGUUUUGCACAUAAAAUACCAAGCAGUAUGUCAAUACUAAAACAUCAGACUUAAAUUUGAACUUAAGUGUCAGGUAAAUCAUCACAGCAAAAUGGCGGCACAGGUGUGAUAGUGGGUCAGGAGGGGUGCAAGGUGCCACACAGCUGACAUACCUCCUGAUGGAGCUUCAAACCUACAGUGACAACAGGUUCUGUGCUGAUUACCUCCAGCUUCCACCCAUUCAAUCCUGCCUCCUUCAAUUAUCACCAGUCUUAGUGAUUCGAGGGAGGAUGGACACUCCCAUCUCAUCCCUCCAGGAAGUUACAACAAAGUACUACAGUUAUUCCUGGUAUUAGUGUGGCCCACUACACCAUUGUCCAUGUUAAGUAAAUAGAACAUUUCUGGGUUUUGCUGUGGGCUAAGAUGGUUUUAUCUAGAUAGUCAUUAAUGCACCAAGGACAUGGCUGUGGGUUGGUGUGCCUCAGCCUAAAUGUUCUGAAAAUUGGUUCUGCUUUUGUACCCACACAAAGAAGCAAAUAAUGAAAAACUGAGGCAUAAUAUAAAUGAUUAAGCAAAUUACAAUUGCACUUUACUGUGGCACUGUUUGCACAUCCUGUGCAGAAUCCUCACCAGCACGUUAUGCUUUUUGUACUCUUUGGAUAUUCAUACAUUGACUCAAUGUGAUAUAGAAUCUGUUACCUACAACUAAUACUGAAUACUAAUCCAAUUAAAAUAUUUAAAGUCAUGAUAAAACAAAAAAAUAUAUAUAAACAAUAAGAAAACAACAAUAUCAUGACCACUGCCACAUUUCCCAGCAAUUCUGCAAAUACAAAUUCUACACACACACACACACACACACACACACACACACACACACACACACACACACACACACACACACACACACACACACACACACACACACACACACACACACACACACACACACACACACA